ACCGAAACUAUCUUUGUUUUAAGUGUAAUCGUGCUCCCGUCUGUGUAAAGCUAGCACUUCCAUCCCAGACCUCUUUUUUCGCUAGUCUGAAUUGUCCCCAUAGAGUAUACCGUCCAUAUAUCUCUAUUCACUAUUCAAGAUUGCCUGGAGCCGUUGAUUAAUAUUAUCGUUAGACAUUAGAGCGUCCAUUGACCACUACUACCACAUACUACAUUCCCUUUAAAACAUAUCCAAAAGCAAAAGAUUUAGAUUCAAUGAGUUCCUACUUGCCUCAAGAGGAAUUCCAAACCAAUAUCUACCAAUACGAUGAAACUCCUGAGAAUACAUCAUGGGCUUCUGCAUUACCAGUAGCCAAGGGAUUGUACAACCCAGAAUACGAAAAAGAUGCCUGUGGUGUCGGUUUCACUUGUCAUUUGAAGGGUGAAGCCUCCCAUAAAAUCAUCUCCGACUGCAGAAACUUGUUGUGCAACAUGACCCACAGAGGUGGUGAGUUGAACCCAAAAGAUGGUGAUGGUGCUGGUUUAUUGUCUUCCAUUCCUCACAAGUUCUUGAAGCGUGAAUUCAAAUACCACUGCAACAUUGACUUGCCUCCUUUGGGCCAAUAUGGUACCGGUAACAUCUUCUUCAAGAAGGAUGAUGCCGUCUUUGAGAAGUCCAAGUCCACUUUCGAGAGCAUUGCGGACUCCCUUGGCUUGAAGGUCUUGGGCUGGAGAAAAGUCCCCCACGACUCGUCCAUCUUGGGUCCUGCUUCUUUGUCCAGAGAACCAUACAUCUUGCAGCCAACCGUUGUUUUGUCUGAAUUGGCUGGUCAAAACGACAUUGCAGAUGAUGUGUUUGUUUCCAAGUACCAAAAGGAUUUUGAAAAGAAGUUGUACAUCUUAAGAAAGCAGUCGUCUCACUCCAUUGGCUUGCACAACUGGUUCUACAUUUGUUCCCUUUCCAACAAGACCAUUGUAUACAAAGGUCAAUUGGCUCCCAACCAAGUCUACGCUUACUACCACGAUUUGGUCAACGCCGACUAUGAAUGUCACUUUGCCCUUGUCCACUCCCGUUUCUCCACCAAUACUUUCCCAUCGUGGGACAGAGCUCAACCUUUGAGAUUGGCUGCUCAUAAUGGUGAAAUCAAUACCUUGAGAGGUAACAAGAACUGGAUGAGAGCAAAGGAAGGUGUCAUGAGCUCGAAGUUGUUUGGUGAGGAAAUUGACAAGUUGUUCCCUAUCAUCGAAGAAGGAGGUUCUGACUCCGCUGCUUUUGACAACGUCUUGGAAUUGCUUACCGUCAACGGAGUGUUGUCGUUGCCAGAAGCCGUUAUGUUGAUGAUUCCAGAAGCUUGGCAAAACGAUACUCACAUCGAUCCCAAGAAGAAGGCUUUCUACGAAUGGGCCGCUUGUUUAAUGGAACCAUGGGACGGACCAGCUUUGUUCACAUUUGCUGACGACAGAUACUGUGGUGCCAACUUGGAUCGUAAUGGUUUGAGACCAUGUCGUUACUACGUCACCGACGAUGACCGUAUCAUUUGUGCAUCUGAAGUUGGUGUAAUUGAAAUUGAACCCGAAAAGAUUUUGCAGAAGGGCAGAUUGCAACCGGGUAGAAUGUUGUUGGUUGACACCAAAGAAGGAAGAAUCGUGGACGACCGUGAGUUGAAGAAUAACGUCGCUUCCAGAUUUGACUUCAAGUCAUGGGUUCUUGGUAACAUGAUCUCGUUGGGCGACUUGAUUGAAAAGUUACAGGCCAGAGAAAUCGACUUGUCGGACAAAGUCAGCGACACUUCCUACAGCGUCCAAUCAGACCCUCGUCUUGUUGCCUUUGGUUACUCUCACGAACAGGCUUCGUUAGUGUUGGCGCCAAUGGCUGAAGGAAAUGAAGCUCUUGGUUCCAUGGGUAACGACAAUGCCUUAGCUUGUAUCUCUGAGCAACCAAAAUUGUUAUACGAAUACUUCCGUCAAUUGUUCGCCCAAGUCACCAACCCACCUAUUGAUCCCAUUAGAGAAGAAAUUGUCAUGUCCUUGGAAUGUUACGUUGGUCCUCAAGGUAACUUGUUAGAAAUGAAGCCAGACCAAUGUAAUCGUUUGUUGUUGAAGUCGCCUGUUUUGUCGAACUCAGAACUUAACGCUAUCAGAAAUAUUGAAACGGUUUACCCUAAAUGGUCGGUUACCCAGAUUGACAUAACUUUUGACAAGCCUGAAGGUAUUCAAGGUUACGUCAACACCAUUGACAGAAUCUGCCAACAGGCUUCGAAGGCUAUCGCUGACAACAAGAAGAUUAUUAUCUUGAGUGACAAGGCUACUUCUGCAACCAGAGUCCCUAUCUCUGCUUUGAUUGCCACUGGUGCUGUGCACCACCACUUGGUUAGACAAAAGCAGCGUUCCAAGGUGGCUCUUAUUAUUGAAACCGCUGAAGCUAGAGAGGUGCACCAUGCUUGUUGUUUGGUUGGAUACGGUAUCGAUGGUAUCAACCCUUACUUGGCCAUCGAGACUCUUAUCAGAAUGAGGGAAGAAAAUUUGUUGAAGAACGAAGCACUCACUCCUGAAAAGAUAAUCCACAACUAUAAGGAUGCUAUCGACCACGGUAUCUUGAAGGUUAUGUCUAAGAUGGGUAUCUCUACCUUGGCCUCCUACAAGGGUGCACAAAUUUUCGAAGCUCUUGGUAUCGACAACUCUGUCAUUGACAGAUGUUUCGCUGGUACUGCUUCCAGAAUUAAGGGUGUCACUUUCGAGUACAUCGCUCAAGACGCCUUCUCAAUGCACGAAAGAGGUUUCCCAAGCAGAGACACCAUCAAGCCUGUUGGUCUUCCAGAAACUGGCGAAUACCAUUGGAGAGAUGGCGGUGAUGCACACGUCAACGAACCAGCUGCUAUUGCUUCUCUUCAAGACGCUGUCAAGAACAAGAAUGAAAGAGCCUACGAAGCCUACUGUAAGAAGGAGCACGAAGCUAUUAGAAACUGUACCUUAAGAGGAUUGCUUGACUUUGAUGUUGAUGCCAGCACUUCCGUUCCAAUUGAUCAGGUCGAACCAUGGACUGAAAUUGUCCGUCGUUUCUUCACAGGUGCCAUGUCUUACGGUUCCAUUUCCAUGGAAGCUCACUCAACUUUGGCUGUUGCCAUGAACAGAUUGGGUGGUAAGUCGAACACUGGUGAAGGUGGAGAAGACUCUGCCAGAUCUAUUGUUAGCGAAAAUGGUGACACGAUGCGUUCUGCUAUCAAGCAAAUUGCUUCAGGCCGUUUUGGAGUUACUUCCUAUUAUUUGGCUGAUGCCGACGAGUUGCAAAUCAAAAUGGCUCAAGGUGCUAAACCCGGUGAAGGUGGGGAAUUACCUGGCCACAAGGUCAGUGCCCAGAUUGGUAAGACUAGACACUCUACUCCUGGUGUUGGUUUGAUAUCUCCACCCCCCCAUCACGAUAUCUACUCUAUUGAGGAUUUAAAGCAAUUGUUGUACGAUUUGAAGUGUGCCAACCCAAGAGCUCGUACUUCUGUGAAGUUGGUUUCUGAAGUCGGUGUUGGUAUUGUUGCUGCUGGUGUAGCAAAGGCCGGUUCCGAAAACAUCUUGGUUUCUGGUGGUGAUGGUGGUACGGGUGCUGCCAAGCUUACUUCUAUCAAGUACGCUGGACUUCCAUGGGAACUUGGUUUGGCUGAAUCGCACCAGACUUUGGUCUUGAACGACUUGAGAGGCAGAGUUAUCUUGCAAACUGACGGUCAAAUUAAGACUGGUCGUGAUAUUGCCAUUGCCUGUUUGCUUGGUGCCGAAGAGUGGGGGUUUGCAACAACUCCUUUGAUCGCCAUGGGCUGUAUCAUGAUGAGGAAAUGCCAGACCAAUGCCUGCCCUGUUGGCAUUGCUACUCAAGACCCAGAGCUUCGUAAAAAGUUUGAAGGUACUCCUGAGCACGUCAUCAACUUCUUCUACUACUUGGCCAACGACUUGAGAAACAUCAUGGCAAAAUUGGGUUACAGAACCAUCAACGAGAUGGUGGGUAGAACCGAGAGAUUGAAGGUAAGAGAAGACUUCAGAAACACAAAGAACGCCAAUAUCGACUUGUCGCCAAUCUUGACACCAGCCCAUACCAUUAGACCUGGUGUUGCUACCUACUGUGUCAGAAAACAAGAUCACAGAUUGCACGUCAGAAUUGACAACAAGUUGAUCGACGAAUCUGAGUUGACUUUAGCCAAGGGUUUACCAGUCACCAUUGACUGUGAUGUCGUCAACACUGACAGAACCUUGGGUACCACUUUGUCUUACCGUGUUUCCAAGACUUUUGGUGAAAACGGUUUGCCUCAUGAUACUAUUCAUGUCAAUGCUAAGGGUUCUGCCGGUCAAUCAUUCGGUGCCUUCUUGGCUGCUGGUAUCACUUUGGAGUUAGAAGGUGACGCCAACGAUUACAUUGGUAAGGGUUUGUCUGGUGGUAGAAUCAUUGUCUACCCUCCAAAGGAAUCCAAGUUCAAAGCGGAAGACCAGAUUAUUGCAGGUAACACCGCCUUCUUUGGUGCCACUUCCGGUUCUGCGUUCAUCAGAGGUGUAGCUGCUGAAAGAUUUGCUGUUAGAAACUCUGGUGCUACCAUUGUGACUGAAGGCACUGGUGACCAUGGUUGUGAGUACAUGUCCGGUGGUAGAGUUGUCGUUUUGGGUGGUACUGGAAGAAACUUUGCUGCAGGUAUGUGCGGUGGUAUUGCUUAUGUUUUAGACAUGGCUCAAGACUUCAAUAAGAGAGUUAACACUCAUACCGUGGAAUUAUCUCAAGUCACUGAACCAUCUGAAAUUGCUUUCUUAAGAGGUUUGAUCGAAGACCACCGUCACUACACCAAUUCAGAGGUAGCUGAUCGUAUCUUGAACGACUUCAACAGAAUCUUGCCACGUUUUGUUAAGGUUUUGCCUUUCGACUACAAGAAGGUUCUUGAGAAGGAAAAGCAAAAGGCCGAGGAAGCUAAGAAGAACGAGUUAAAUACAUUCUUUAAGCUGAUCAAGGAAGACCCAGAAGCCGAUGUCACGAACGGUGAGGCUGCCAAGAUCAAGAAGGGGCAUGUUCAUAUCACCUCCAAGGCUAAAGAUGGCCACAAGGAACCAAAGGUGUUGGAUGUUGAAGACACUAUCUUGGACACCGAAGUUGAAAAGAAGGCUCCAGUUAAGUUGGACAAGCUUAAAGGCUUCAUGAAGUACAAGCGUCGUAACGAAAAGUAUAGAGACGCGAAGGCCAGAGCCAAGGACUGGAACGAAAUGACUUCCAGAUUGUCCAAGGAUGAGUUAAAACAUGAGACAGCUAGAUGUAUGGACUGUGGUGUUCCCUUCUGUACUUCGGACACUGGAUGUCCUAUUUCCAAUGUCAUCCCGAAGUGGAAUGAGUUGGUCUUUCAGGACAGAUGGUACGAUGCUUUGCAGAGAUUGUUGAUGACCAACAAUUUCCCUGAAUUCACUGGUAGAAUUUGUCCUGCUCCUUGUAACGGUGCUUGUGUUUUAGGUAUCAUCGAAGACCCAGUCAACAUUAAGUCUGUUGAGUGUGCCAUUAUCGAUCACGGUUUCGAACAGGGCUGGAUCAAGCCUCAACCACCUACUCACAGGACAGGCAAGACGGUAGCUGUCAUUGGUUCUGGUCCCUCUGGUUUGGCUGCUGCAGACCAAUUGAACAAGGCUGGCCACAAGGUCACUGUCUACGAAAGAAGUGACAGACCGGGCGGUUUGUUGAUGUACGGUAUUCCUAAUAUGAAGUUAGACAAAAAGAUUGUUAAGAGAAGGACAGACUUACUCGCUGCUGAAGGUAUUGAGUUUGUUUGCAACACCACCGUUGGUGAAGACAUCACUGUCGAAGAGUUGAAAGCCUCUAAUGACGCUGUUGUUUUCGCUGUGGGCUCCACAAUUCCAAGAGACUUGAAGAUUCCAGGUCGUGAAUUGAACAAUAUCAAUUUUGCCAUGCAAUUGUUGCACUCUAACACAAAGGCUUUAUUGGACGAUCAGUUGGAAGACAUCAGAAAGAACUUGGAAGGUAAGCAUGUUGUUGUCAUUGGUGGUGGUGAUACUGGUAACGAUUGUUUGGGUACUUCCACCAGACACGGUGCCAAGUCUGUGACCAACUUUGAAUUGUUGCCACACCCACCUGCCACCAGACCAAAGGACAAUCCUUGGCCACAAUGGCCAAGAAUCUUCAGAGUCGACUACGGUCACACUGAAGUUGCCGCUCACUACGGCAAGGACCCAAGAGAAUAUUCGAUCUUGUCAAAGGAAUUCGUUGACGAUGGCGAAGGUAAUGUCAAGGGUAUCAAGACCGUGAGAGUUGAAUGGAAGAGAACCGACUCUGGAGCUUGGCAGAUGGCAGAAGUUCCAGGCAGUGAAGAGUUCUUCCCUGCUGAUGUUGUUCUCUUGUCGAUGGGUUUUGUUGGUCCAGAUGCAGACAACUUGGAAGUUUCCAAGACCAAGAGAGGAACGAUCACCACUGUUGACCCUAACGUGUACAGAGUCAGCGAGGACGACAACCUCUUUGCCGCCGGUGACUGUAGAAGAGGUCAAUCUUUGGUUGUCUGGGGUAUUCAAGAAGGUAGACAAUGUGCUAGAGAAGUCGACAACUUCUUAAUGGGCGCCACCAGAUUGCCAGGUAACGGUUCAAUUGAGCAGAGAAACUACAAAUUGUUAGAGGAGUUAGCUGAAAAGGUUUAA